GCAAGUUUUCGCCGACAGAUCCACCCGAUGACGAUGCUACUAGUUCCUCAGAUAUGCAUCAGGAUCUUAUUGCCAUUCAAUCAAAAUUGGUUGAAGUGCAAGAUUCGCAGAAGUCUAUAUUGAUUGCAAUUUCUGAAUUGAAGGCAGCCUUUGCAUCUGAUUUUGCUUCUGUUAUAUCUUUGUUGGAUGGUAUUAAGGCAUCUAUGGCAGCUGGUAAUCAUAAUGUUGGUGGAGAGUUUGAAGAUCCUAUGCAUGCUGAGGCUUCUUCGGAGGUAACUGGGUUCUGUUGUGGUGUGUGUUUCCCUUUUAUGAUGUCUAUUUUGGUUCUAUUUUGUUUAAAAAUUGCUGGUUUUUGUAUUUUUUAGGAUUUUUUUGAUGGUCAUUCCUCUGGGGGUUACCAAAAUGUUGAUAUUGGUGAGGAGUUGGGGGCUGAUUUGGAGCAUUCCGUUCAGAUUGCUUCACAAUUUUUUUCUACUGUUAAAGUAAGAUCUUAUUUUCGUUUUUUUUGUUUAAGCAAUUGGUUUUUUUCCUCUGUGUUUUCUUGUUUGUAAUGUAGUAUUGGUUGUAUAUUUUUAUUUCUUUUUUCAGGAGCCAAUUAAGGUUGACUCAAGUGUAUGCUCAAGUCCUCAAACUCCCACAUUUCAUGUGUCUAAUGCAAUAUGGAGAGUUAUUAAUGAUUCAGUUGAGAGGCCACUUAAAGAGAGUAGUUCUUUGGAGGAUAAAAGUAAGUGGUCAAUUGUGAAGUAUGAUGAUGCACAAGCAGUUGAUACUGGACUGAUUUUGGGAAGGAAAAGGCAAGCGAAGCCAAGCGCUGUUGUAAAAUCUCCUUUCUUAACAAAAUUUGGAUCUUCUGAAGUUGGCGUGAAACAAAAAAGAAAGAGGACGAUAUUGGAUAAUAUUUGUCCCUUUUCCAAUGACCUUGGUGAUAAUCACACUAAAGAACAACUGUCUGAGUUUGAUUCCUGGAUUAAUCAUGGUUUGAAGAAAAGGAACAAGUAUGUAUAACCAUUAUUUGUUUUAAAGUUUGUUAUAUGUGUAAUAUGUAUGAUUAAUUUGUUAAGCUUUUUAUUUUGUUUUUUAAUGUAUUUUUCAGGUUUAAAAAAUAUGAUGAUAAUUCUGUGGAGCCACCAAUUAAUUUCACUUUUGUUCAUAUUUCUGAGAAGGCUUGGUUUCAUAGCCUUUAUUUCUCUGGGCAAUUCGUUGACUCAUCGGUGAGAUUCUCGCUUUUUUAAUUUAUCUGGUUUUUCAUGUUGGAGUUCUUUUUUUUUUCUCUUUUUUUUUUUUACAAGGUAAUAAGUCUGGUGAUCUAUUUUAUGUUAUAUAUUAUGAUGUUAUUGGGUACCCAGUUACCUUACUGUUUGCUUUGUUGUAGUUCAUUGGGUAACUGGUUACCCAAAUCAUAGUAGAUUUGUUUCUACCCAUAUCAUUUUAUAAUCAUGUAUUUUAUUUAUUAUGCAGCAUAUUGAUGUGAUGAUGUAUUACUUGAGGAGAAAGGUUAAAUUGUCUACAGAUUUGAAGAGAAGAGUAUCUACGACUGACACUUGUUUUGGGCAAAACAUAGUGUUUAUGUAUGAAGAUUUUAAGAAAAAAGGUAGUGGCGCAUUUAAAAUAGAUGAGAGAUGCGUUGCUUUGAAGAUAAUGAAGGGGGAAUCCAUGUUUUGUGCAACUCAUUGGAAUUUGCUUGAUGAUGUUGUCAUGCCUGUUAAUGUGAAUGGUCUUAUGCACUGGAUUUUGUUGCACUUUAAUGUACAGCAGAGAUCUCUUACGGUGUAUGAUUCAAUGUCUGGUGCAAAGCAUGAAAAUCAGACUUUACCUGUCGUUGAGGCAUUUGCUGUUUUGAUUCCUCUUCUUCUGGAGAUGAUUGAUUUCUAUGUUCGUAAAGAUAUUCAUCUUGAUGUUAGCCCGUAUGAUGUGGUAGAGAAUGAGGCUUUGAAGUUGAGCAUUGCUAAAGGCAUUCCUCAACAGACUGAUUGUGAUUGUGGUGUGUUCUGUACUUAUUUUGCUGAGCAAAUAAUUCUUGGGAAGGAGAAUGAGAUGCCUAAAAAUAUUGAUGUUCGCCUCCUUCGUAAAGACAUUGCUGUCAGCUUGUACUAUCAUGGAAAGAACAAAGAACUUGAGGGAUACUUAACUAGCGAUGAGUUCACUGAGAAGCUUCUGGAGAGGAGACAGAAAAGAAUGAAAAUUGCUGCAUAGGCUUUUAGUGAUAUUAUAUUUCUUUUGGUUUUUUAAUCUUUUCUACAACUGUAAUUAAAUGGUGAAUCAAUUUCUAGUUUAACAGUUAGCUUUUUUAAUUUUCUUCUUAUGUAAAACAUUGGGAUUCUUAAGGUCAUUUUAUAUAUACAUAUUAGUAUAUCGUUUUGUUAAUUCUUUUGCUGUUAGCUUUUUGGAAGAAUAAUUUAGAGGGUAACCAGGUACCCAGGUUGUUUAUUUUCUAACAUACCAAGGGUAACUGGUUACUUAAUUGUUUUCUUUUUAAUUUUUUCCCCAUUGGUUUGUUGUUUGUUAAUUACAUUUAUUAAUAUAUAUUUUAGAUAACCCUUUAAAUCAGGUAGCUAGUUUUCUGUUUGUUUUUGUAUUUUUUUCCACUGUUUUAUGGAAUAACUUGAGGGAAACUAAUUCCUAGUUGGUUUGUUUAACUAAUUUUAAUGGUGAUAUUGGAGGGUAACUAGGUACUCAGGCUGU